AUGAUCUUCUUUUGCUCCCAAAAGUUAACUGUCCCAGAUUUAGUGGUAAAAAACUGUGAAGACAAAUUCGUCUUCAAAAAUUUUCUUACGCAAUUUCAGAACUGCUCUCUCUCUCUCUCUCUCUCUCUCUCUCUCUCUCUCUCUCUCUCUCUCUCUCGGAAGUGCUCAACAAUAUACUUCCUCUUUUGCAUAUUAUUCUUUUUAUUACUAUUUUCUUUAAGACUUCCUCGUUGCAUAUUCUUUUUUAUUACUAUUUUCUUUAAGACUUCCUCGUUGCAUAUUCUUUUAUUACUAUUUUCUUUAAGACUUCCUCGCUGCAUAUUCUUUUUUUUAUUACUAUUUUCUUUAAGACUUCCUCACUUCCUCCUGCAUAUUCUUUUUAUUACUAUUUUCUUUAAGACUUCCUCGCUGCAUAUUCUUUUUUAUUACUAUUUUCUUUUAAGACUUCCUCGCUGCAUAUUCUUUUUAUUACUAUUUUCUUUAAGACUUCCUCGCUGCAUAUUCUUUUUUAUUAUUUUCUUUAAGACUUCCUCGCUGCAUAUUCUUUUAUUACUAUUUUCUUUUAAGACUUCCUUUGCAUAUUCUUUUUUAUUACUAUUUUCUUUAAGACUUCCUCACUUCCUCGCUGCAUAUUCUUUUUUAUUACUAUUUUCUUUAAGACUUCCUCGUUGCAUAUUCUUUUUAUUACUAUUUUCUUUUAAGACUUCCUCGCUGCAUAUUCUUUUUUUAUUAUAUUUUCUUUUAAGACUUUUGCAUAUUCGUUUUUUUAUUACUAUUUUCUUUAAGACUUCCUCGCUGCAUAUUCUUUUUAUUACUAUUUUCUUUAAGACUUCCUCGCUGCAUAUUCUUUUAUUACUAUUUUCUUUAAGACUUCCUCGUUGCAUAUUCUUUUUAUUACUAUUUUCUUUAAGACUUCCUCGUUGCAUAUUCUUUUUAUUACUAUUUUCUUUUAAGACUUCCUCGUUGCAUAUUCUUUUUAUUACUAUUUUCUUUAAGACUUUCCUCACUUCCUCGCUGCAUAUUCUUUUUAUUACUAUUUUCUUUAAGACUUCCUCGCUGCAUAUUCUUUUUAUUACUAUUUUCUUUAAGACUUCCUCGCUGCAUAUUCUAUUUUUUUAUUACUAUUUUUCUUUAAGACUUCCUCACUUCCUCGCUGCAUAUUCUUUUUUAUUACUAUUUUCUUUAACUAUUUUCUUUCUUCCGCUGCAUAUUCUUUUUUUAUUACUAUUUUCUUUAAGACUUCCUCGCUGCAUAUUCUUUUUAUUACUAUUUUCUUUAAGACUUCCUCGCUGCAUAUUCUUUUUAUUACUAUUUUCUUUUAAGACUUCCUCGCUGCAUAUUCUUUUUUUAUUACUAUUUUCUUUAAGACUUCCUCGUUGCAUAUUCUUUUUAUUACUAUUUUCUUUAAGACUUCCUCACUUCCUCGCUGCAUAUUCUUUUUAUUACUAUUUCUUUAAGAUUGCAUAUUCUUUUUUAUUACUAUUUUCUUUAAGACUUCCUCUUUGCAUAUUCUUUUUAUUACUAUUUUCUUUAAGACUUCCUCGUUGCAUAUUCUUUUUUAUUACUAUUUUCUUUAAGACUUCCUCGUUGCAUAUUCUUUUUAUUACUAUUUUCUUUAUUACUAUUUCCUCCUCACUUCCUCGUUGCAUAUUCUUUAUUAUUUUUUUUAAGACUUCCUCGUUGCAUAUUCUUUUUAUUACUAUUUUCUUUAAGACUUCCUCUUUGCAUAUUCUUUUUAUUACUAUUUUCUUUAAGACUUCCUCGCUGCAUAUUCUUUUUAUUACUAUUUUCUUUAAGACUUCCUCGCUGCAUAUUCUUUUUAUUACUAUUUUCUUUAAGACUUCCUCGUUGCAUAUUCUUUUUAUUACUAUUUUCUUUAAGACUUCCUCGUUGCAUAUUCUUUUUAUUACUAUUUUCUUUAAGACUUCCUCACUUCCUCGUUGCAUAUUCUUUUUUUAUUUUCUUUUACUUCCUCGCUGUAUAUUCUUUUUUAUUACUAUUUUUUUUAAGACUUCCUCGCUGCAUAUUCUUUUUAUUACUAUUUUCUUUAAGACUUCCCUCGCUGCAUAUUCUUUUUAUUACUAUUUUCUUUUUAAGACUUCCUCGCUGCAUAUUCUUUUUUUAUUACUAUUUUCUUUUAAGACUUUCGCUGCAUAUUCUUUUUAUUACUAUUUUCUUUUUCCUCGCUGCAUAUUCUUUUUUAUUACUAUUUUCUUUAAGACUUCCUCACUUCCUCCUGCAUAUUCUUUUUAUUACUAUUUUCUUUUUUCGUUACAUAUUCUUUUUAUUAUUAUUUUCUUUAAGUUGCAUAUUCUUUUUUAUUACUAUUUUUUUAAGACUUCCUCGUUGCAUAUUCUUUUUAUUACUAUUUUCUUUAAGACUUCCUUGUAUAUUCUUUUAUUACUAUUUUCUUUAAGACUUCUCACUUCCUCGUUGCAUAUUCUUUUUAUUACUAUUUUCUUUAAGACUUCCUCACUGCAUAUUCUUUUUAUUACUAUUUUCUUUAAGACUUCCUGCAUAUUAUUUUUUUUUAUUACUAUUUUCUUUACUUUCUUCCUCGUUGCAUAUUCUUUUUAUUACUAUUUUCUUUACAGACUUUUAAGACUUCCUCGCUGCAUAUUAUUUUUAUUACUAUUUUCUUUUAGACUUUUUUGCAUAUUCUUUUUUAUUACUAUUUUCUUUAAGACUUCCUCACACUUCCUCGCUGCAUAUUCUUUUUAUUACUAUUUUCUUUUUAAGACUUCCUCGUUGCAUAUUCUUUAUUACUAUUUUUUUAUUCCUCGUUGCAUAUUCUUUUUUACUAUUUUCUUUAAGACUUCCUCGCUGCAUAUUCUUUUUUAUUACUAUUUUCUUUUAAGACUUCCUCGCUGCAUAUUAUUUUUUAUUACUAUUUUCUUUAAGACUUCCUCACUUCCUCGUUGCAUAUUCAUAUUUUUUUAUUACUUUUAUUUUCUUUUUAAGACUUCCUCGCUGCAUAUUCUUUUUAUUACUAUUUUUUUAAGACUUCUUUUUAUUACUAUUUUCUUCGCUCGCUGCAUAUUCUUUUUAUUACUAUUUUCUUUAAGACUUCCUCACUUCCUCGUUGCAUAUUCUUUUUUAUUACUAUUUUCUUUAAGACUUCCUCGUUGCAUAUUCUUUUUUAUUACUAUUUUCUUUAAGACUGCAUUAUUCUUUUUUUUUAUAUUCUUUUUAUUAUUUUCUUUUAAGACUUCCUCGUUGCAUAUUCUUUUUAUUACUAUUUUCUUUAAGACUUCCUCGCUGCAUAUUCACUUCCUCGUUGCAUAUUCUUUCUCACUUCCUCGCUGCAUAUUCUAUUUUUUUAUUACUAUUUUUUUUAAGACUUCCUCGCUGCAUAUUAAGACUUCCUCGUUGCAUAUUCUUUUUAUUACUAUUUUCUUUAAGACUUCCUCGUUGCAUAUUCUUUUUAUUACUAUUUUCUUUAAGACUUCCUCGCUGCAUAUUCUUUUUAUUACUAUUUUCUUUAAGACUUCCUCGCUGCAUAUUCUUUUUAUUACUAUUUUCUUUAAGACUUCCUCGUUGCAUAUUCUUUUUAUUACUAUUUUCUUUAAGACUUCCUCGUUGCAUAUUCUUUUUAUUACUAUUUUCUUUAAGACUUCCUCACUUCCCUCGCUGCAUAUUCUUUUAUUACUAUUUUCUUUAAGACUUCCCUCGCAUAUGCAUAUUUCUUUUAUUACUAUUUUCUUUAAGACUUCCUCGCUGCAUAUUCUUUUAUUACUAUUUUCUUUUAAGACUUCCUUGUAUAUUCUUUUUUGCAUAUUCUUUUUUUUAUUACUAUUUUCUUUAAGACUUCCUCGCUGCAUAUUCUUUAAGACUUUUAUUACUAUUUUCUUUAAGACUUCCUCGUUGCAUAUUCUUUUUUUAUUACUAUUUUUUUUAAGACUUCCUCGUUGCAUAUUCUUUUUUUAUUACUAUUUUCUUUUAAGACUUCCUCGCUGCAUAUUAUUUUUUAUUACUAUUUUCUUUAUUCGCUGCAUAUUCUUUUUAUUACUAUUUUCUUUAAGACUUCCUCGUAUAUUCUUUUUAUUAUAUUCUUUUUUUAUUACUAUUUUCUUUAAGACUUCCUCGCAUAUGCAUAUUCUUUUUUAUUACUAUUCUUUUUUUUCUAUUUUCUUUAAGACUUCCUCGUUUCUUUUUUAUAUACUUUGCAUUUCUUUUUUUCUAUUUUCUUUAAGACUUCCUCACUCGUUGCAUAUUCUUUUUAUUACUAUUUUCUUUAAGACUUCCCUUUGCAUAUUCUUUUUUAUUACUAUUUUAUUGCAUAUUCUUUUUAUUACUAUUUUCUUUAAGACUUCCCUCGCUGCAUAUUCUUUUACUAUUUUCUUUAUGCAUAUAUUUUCUUUAAGACUUCCUCACUUCCUCGCUGCAUAUUCUUUUUUUAUUACUAUUUUCUUUAAGACUUUGCUUUUCUCUUUUUAUUACUAUUUUCUUUCAUAUUUUUUAUUACUAUUUUCUUUAAGACUUCCUCGUUGCAUAUUCUUUUUAUUACUAUUUUCUUUAAGACUUUCAUAUUCUUUUUAUUACUAUUUUUCUUUUUGCAUAUUCUUUUUAUUACUUUUUUCUUUUUUUAUUACAUAUUCUUUUUAUUUAUUUUCUUUAAGACUUCCUCACUUUCGCUGCAUAUUCUUUUUAUUACUAUUUUCUUUAAGACUUCCUCGCUGCAUAUUCUUUUUUUUAUUUUCUUUACUAUUCUUUUUUACUAUUUUCUUUAAGACUUCCUCGUUGCAUAUUCUUUUAUUACUAUUUUCUUUUAAGACUUUCUCGCUGCAUAUUCUUUUUAUUACUAUUUUCUUUAAGACUUCCUCGCUGCAUAUUCUUUUUUUAUUACUAUUUUCUUUAAGACUUCCUCGCUGCAUAUUCUUUUUUAUUACUAUUUUCUUUAAGACUUCCUCGCUGCAUAUUCUUUUUAUUACUAUUUUCUUUAAGACUUUUCCUCGCUGCAUAUUCUUUUUUAUUACUAUUUUCUUUUAA